AACCGCUAACUUUAUGGAGCCCUAAUAUGCCGGAUACCUGAAAUCCGAAAUUUUUUACUCUUCCCGGGAAUGCCGUGGUUUAAAUCGAAUGAAAAGUAAGUGAGAAGUUCCACAUCUCAACAGUUUUAAUAGAUGUGAGUCGUAACCAGUAGCUCAACCGCUCCUGUGGCUCACAUCUACUGAUCCAAUGACCCAAGGCGCCAAACUGCCAAAGAUUUGGAAGAUAUUUUCUGCCGUUUGCAUUCGAGUUUCAAAACGCAGUGUAAAACUGCCGGAGUUGAGCUCAAAAGGCGAAGAGCGACUUCUCAGCCUCUUCCCGAUUUCUCUAGUUUUGGAACCCUAGCCCCCUGCCCCCUCUUGUUCUUGUUCUUCUUCUUCUAGUCUUCGAUGAUCCGGUGAAAUGAUGGAUAGGUUCUCUCUCUCGACCACAACAGUUCGUUUAGAUUCCCUCUCCUUAUCGUUCUCUGCCACUUGCUAUUCGUCUUCAGCUCCAAAGGCGCUAUUAUUCAUCAGAAGCGCCAAUAGUUCCUUCUUUGGCAGUAACCUUCUAGCAUCUCCCUCCAAGAAACGAAAGAGUUGCUACAGAUCUCGCCUUGUUUUACCUGUGACAGCUUCUUCUUCCCCCUCCUCUUCAGUUAAAGAUGAUUGGAGAAGAUCAAAUGACAACCCUCCUCCUCCGUCAUCUUCGUCGUCGUCGUCGUCGUCGUCGUCGUCGUCGUCGUCAUCUUUCCGUCAAAGGCAUUAUAGUUAUAAUCGUCAAAAACACCACCCGCAACAACGGCAACCUGUAUAUUGGGAUCACAGCGUCGACAUGGAUGAGCUCCUCUCAUCUAUUAGGCAGACAUCUAACGAGCACGAACUUUACGCACUGAUGUCUCCAUACAAAGGAAGACAGCUCUCCCUCCGCUUCAUGGUCUCUCUUCUCUCCCGCGAAUCUGAUUGGCAGCGUUCCCUUGCUCUUUUCGAUUGGAUGAUGGAAGUGGCCUCCUAUGCUCCCUCCGUCUUUGCCUACAACGUCGUCAUUCGUAAUGUUCUUCGCGCAAAGCAAUGGCAACUUGCCCCGGGCCUGGUCGAUGAAAUGCGUCAGAGGUCCCUCUCGCCCGAUCGUUUCACCUACUCUACCCUCAUCACCCAUUUCGGCAAGGAGGGCCUAUUCGACUCUGCCCUCUCCUGGCUCCAGCAGAUGGAGCAAGACCGUGUCUCUGGUGACCUUGUUUUAUACAGUAACCUCAUCGAGCUUUCACGCAGGCUCCACGACUACUCCAAGGCCAUCUCUCUCUUCUCCAGGUUGAAGCGCUCUGGCUUCUCCCCAGACCUUGUAGUAUACAAUUCCAUGAUCAAUGUCUUCGGCAAGGCUAAGCUCUUCCGUGAAGCACGUCUCCUCCUUCAAGAGAUGAGAUCAGCUGGUGUUCCCCCCGAUACAGUUAGCUAUUCCACCCUUCUCACUACGUUCGUCGAGCACCAAAGAUUCAUUGAGGCUUUGACCAUAUUCUCUGAGAUGAAAGAUGCCAAGUGCCCUCUAGAUCUUACCACUUGCAACAUCAUGAUUGAUGUUUAUGGUCAUCUUUGCAUGGCUAAGGAAGCAGACCGCCUCUUCUGGAGCAUGAGAAAAAUGGAAAUUGAGCCCAAUGUGGUCAGUUACAAUACCAUCUUGAGUGUCUAUGGAGAGGCUGAGCUCUUUGGAGAAGCCAUCCACCUUUUCCGGUUGAUGCAGAGGAAGAGUAUUGAACAGAAUGUGGUCACUUACAACACCAUGAUUAAGAUCUAUGGCAAGUCUCUGGAGCAUGAGAAAGCCAACAAUCUUGUCCAAGAGAUGCAAAGUAGAGGGAUUGAACCAAAUGCUGUUACUUAUUCCACAAUAAUCUCUAUAUGGGGAAAAGGUGGGAAAUUGGAUCGGGCAGCAGUGUUGUUCCAAAAGUUGAGGAUUUCUGGAGUGGAGAUUGAUCAGGUCCUUUACCAGACGAUGAUUGUGGCUUAUGAGAGGGCCGGUCUGGUUGGACAUGCCAAGCGUCUGCUUCACGAGCUCAAGCAUCCGGACAACAUGCCCAGAGAGACGGCAAUCUCAAUACUCGCAGGAGCUGGUCGUGUUGAAGAGGCUACAUGGGUCUUCCGUCAAGCUUCUGAUGCCGGGGAGCUGAAGGAUAUAUCUGUCUUUGGGUGCAUGAUUGAUCUGCUUUCAAGGAAUAGGAAGUAUGCAAAUGUGAUUGAGGUCUUUGAGAAGAUGAGAGGGGCAGGAUUUUUUCCUGAUUCAAAUGUUAUUGCUAUUGUGCUGAAUGCUUAUGGGAAGCUGAGGGAAUUUGAGAAAGCGGGUGCUGUUUAUAGGGAAAUGCAGGAAGAGGGUUGUGUUUACUCUGACGAAGUACACUUUCAAAUGUUAAGUCUCUAUGGUGCUCAAAGGGAUUUUAAGGCUGUGAAGACACUGUUUGAGAAGCUUGACUCUGAUCCCAACAUUCACAAGAAAGAAUUACAUCUCGUCACUGCCAACAUUUAUGAGAGAGCAAAUAAGCUGGAUGAUGCAUCUCAAAUUAUUAACCGGAUAAGCAUAGAUGGAAAUUGAGUGUCUUUGUACUCAUCACCAUAGAGGCAAAGUAUCUUGUCCUUGAAUGGGCUAUACUACAGCAACUUCUUGUAAAUUGCAUAGUUUUAUGUUGGUUCUUUGGUAUAUGUUAGUGUUUCUCAAGUUUAAGUUGAGGUGGCUGAUUGAUGCUCCCGAUUCCUAUGUUGGUUCGAUUGCUGCAAUGGUCAAAAUGGUGGCAUAGACCUUUUUUCCAAUUUAUUGGUAACUGUUGGAUCAACCUAUGCACAGCAACCCUACAAGAUGGACACAUGAAUAUUCAACAUCGAAACCCAGAUGAUUGGUGAUUUUUUUUUUCAUAUGAGGUGGCCAUCUCUAGGAGGUCACUGGCUACCGGCUACAGGACUUGGUUCUGUUCAUUGUGAUCCUUUGCAAGGGAAAACUUUGGCAAAUCACCUAGAAAUCCAGGUAGCUAAGGGUAUGAGCCUGUGAGGCUUCUCAAUUUAUCUGUUUCUUAGAUGGUCAACAGCUGAUCUAUGCCUUGCAAGGUGAGGAGUUAGGAACAGUGGCAGCCUGAACCACUUACAGAUAUUAAGCCUUUGACCGAGUUUCUCUUCACGGGAAUCUGUACAGUCAAUGGCCAUCAUUGUGUUUGGAUGGGACUCUAGAAAUAGUGAAAGAGCAUUUCGGACCUUCAACAUAAAAAGGGCAGGAAAUUAUGAUGGUAGAUUCGCAGGUGAAUUUUCUCCUUGAGGCUUUGUUUGUGUAGCUUUGACUUCUGUAUUUAAGAUACACUCCUGUGGACACUCAUAGAGCUGCUCGGGAUAUUGCUAAAUGGGCAAUUUCCUCUACAAAUAUCCACAAUUUUAAUGUAUAUAUCAGAAUGCACAAUCCCUUCGCUUUCAUCUUAUAACUUAUUGAAUUGAAGAGUUUUGCUUUUCUCCUGCUUAUUUA